UAGGGGAGCAGGGAGAGUGAGCUCAGCCUUGUUACAUGGAGAGAGGCGUUUCCAGCGCCGCCGCUCUCAGCGAGUUCAACGCCAAGCCUGUGCCCUGCUCUUUUCCCCGCACCGCAGCCGCACCAUGUUCGCCCAGACUCACCCCGUGCUGUCAAUCUUCUUCUUCGCCCUGACUUUCAAGACGCUUCGAGCCUUCCUACGGGAGCGGAGUUUCUCCCUCCCGCCGCAACAAGUCAAGGAGAACAAGACCAGGUCCUGGAGGUGGACCAAUCUUAACGUCUCCCUUGUUCACUCGACGAUCACGGGACCGUGGGCUUUGUUGUGUGUUUACAACGCUCCUGAAAUGUUAACUGAAAUUUUUACGUUCCAAAGCUCCUUUUCAUAUUCGCUUGUCUGUGUUUCCACAGGCUAUUUUAUCCAAGAUGUGGCUGAUAUUAUCAUGAAUGGACAGUCCAGAGCUUCCUGGGAGUUUCUGUUGCACCAUAUGUUGGUGAUUUCCACUUUCCUGUAUAUACUGCUGACCCAACGCUAUGUCGCUGGAGCUGUUAUUGCAUUGUUCGUUGAGGUAAACAGUAUCUUCCUCCAUGCCCGACUGCUCCUAAAGCUGGCGAAUGCACAGAGCUCUCUGCUGUACUACUACAACAAGUACAUCAACGUUUUCACCUACAUUGUCUUUCGACUAUCUACCCAGUUUUACCUCACUUGGUUUAUGAUGAAGAAUCUAGGUGUCCUCCCACACGCAAGCUACAUCAGUCUGUCCUUGAAUACGAUGAACAUCAUGAUCUUGAUUUACUUCUAUCGUCUGAUCCGUGCAGAUUUCUUUCAUAAGCCGAAACACUGCUUACACAAUGGAAACAAUAACACAAAGUUUUUGGAUGAUUAAAAGACUCAAGCAUUUAAACUCAAUGGUUUGCAACAAAAACAGAAUCAUUGAAUUAAUUUAAGGCUGAACUAAGUACUGGAGCAGAAUAACUUACAUUUUAACAUUGGUGUUUGUUCAAGAUUGCAUUUUUAAUGUAUGUAAAGGGAAUGACUCUUAUGGCUGCUGCAGAAAAGGAAAAGGUAACACAGCCAGUGUGACUACUGAUGCGUAUGUAUUAUUCUUCAUUAGCCAACAUGGCUAGAUUGGGUAGGAAAUGUAAACAAAAAACAAUAACUUUGUGCUUUAGUUGUUAGGCUAAAGGUUGUGUGAAUGUUUUCUUAUACUUCACAGGAAAAGAUAAGAGUGCAAUAAUACAAUUAAGGAGAUCUCAAGGAGUUCCCCUGAAAAUUAAACAACUUUAUCUGGUAAGUCGAUGACCAAUCUAAGUGAGAAAGGUUCACAUCUGGUACCGGGUUUACUAACCAAUCUCUGCUGUGAUGUGGGGGACUCAUUGUUGCAUUCCUGCUUUAAGGCAGCAAAGAAAUAAUAAUGGUUACUAUACAAAAGUGUUGUAUUGUUUGUGUCAGGUGUACGGUAGAUUUGGUCUGAUUGUGGUAUACUUUGCAACGAAUAAUAUGCCAACACUGUAACCUGUAUUAUUGCAGUUGUGGAUCCUGGCUAGCAUGCCUUUGACAAGGGAGGAGCUUAUCACAGCUCCAAUGAUGCUUGUCAAUUUUCAGAGAUGGGGUAUUCAGUAGAACUUUGGUAGGACUCUACAGGGACUCUGCCUGGAACAGAUGUUGAGAGUGGAAAUGGCAGAUCAUGGAAGAUUGUUGUACUGCUGUCAGCAACCUUUAUGCUGACUUUAAGUGAAAAGUUAAUUUUAAAAUUUGACUUCGAGGAGCAUCUUUGUGCAAAUAACUGAAUUGCCAUUGGCUGCACAGUUCUUAUUAAGCAUUAAAAUAACCCCUGUGCCACCUAUUGUAACACUGGCUGGAAUAACAAAAAAGCGUCCUUCCAUCCCAGGGCUGUGAGUGGGAAAUCCAUUGAACGAUUUAUUCAUACUUAUUUACGGUAGUAAUAAUAAUAAACUUGCUUGCAUUCAAAGCUUAAAUGAGUCUUCCAGCAGGAAAUGGUUAGGAGUGACCGUCAUAAAUUAACAGAGGUUUCCAACUCAUUUUUCUGGAGUUAGACAAAAUCCCCAAUGUAACUUCAGCAAAAGAAUCAUCUUCUAAUCCACUUUCACGCUUAAAUUUUGACUUGGGUGAGGUACUAUAGACUUCUGGCAUGUUCAUUAAUGUAAUGCCUUUAAUUAUAUUCCAGUGGUUGCUGUCCUUGUUCAGAGGACUUCAUAACAUCUUAUUUGUAUUAAGUGCUUUUGGUGUCAAUGGCACUUAGUAUAAUUACAAUUUACAAUUGAUAAAACAACUAAUUUAUAGAUGUAUUUUUUACUUGCAUAAUAAGGGGAAAUUAUCAUGGAGAGCGCCAGAAUAUUUAAUCAGUUUGUGUAUUAAUUUAACAAAAGGUUACAGUCCAAUGUCUAUUCAAAAUGAAAGCAUGUGAUAUGUAAUUCUCCACCCCAUGGUUUUUAAAGCCACUUUCUGGUAUGUUGCAAGUGGAUUGAGGAGGUAGUGCAUAAUUUGUAAUUUCUUUCUUGUUACUGAGGCAGCCCCACUGAUGCAAUAAGGUGCAAUAUCAUAACAGAAAUACUAUUCCACUGUUUCAAAGUUACUACAUUUUGGGAGAAGUAAAACAUAUGGACAGAUUUUAUAUUUUGCAGUUUCCAAAUUGUGCAGACAUAUCUGUUCUAAGUGUCAGCAGGAUUGGAUUUCAUCAGCAUUCUCUUGCUGUUCCAAAAGUUGCUAAAUGGUAAAUUCUGCCUUUCAAGCCAAACAUUCCUGAAGACUUGUGGCUGCCAAUGAAAGUCAGAUGAUUAAAACAAAGAUAAAUAGGAGAGGAAUCUGAAUUAACUCUUUGCUAUUUGAUUUGUACCACUCUUGGAAUAACUCAGAGGUGGUACCCUGGGAGCUUGGUCUUGGGUGAACAGUCACUCUAUUACUGCCUCUGUAGCCUCUGGCUGUUUUUUUUAAUGUGUUCCAGGUCUCUUGUGAAUUGCUCUACACACACUUGCGUUUUAGUAAUAUUAAAUGGAAGCAGUCUAACAUCUGCUACCAAACCACACUCUCCAAAUAUCAAAGAAAAAUUCUAAAUAAUAAUGGGGAACAUAAUUUUUAUAUGUUAUAUCUUCUCUAUUUAUAUGGAUACAUAUGAAAUAUUGCUAGAUUUUGUGGUUGGAAGGAUGAUACUGUGGUCAGAGUUUGCCAUUGUUACGCCAUGAAACUGACACUAACUUUCUCACUUAACGCAUGUAAUAAAAGCACAGUAAUCGAAGUUGCUGAGAGUCAUACCCUGCUUCUCCAUGGGCUCUGUCACUAAUGCUUCAUGGGGUCUGCUGAUGAAAUCUUUGCAAUAAGAAAUUCAAAAUUUUAUGAAUUACUUUUGGGUGAAAUUAACAAGCCGUGUUCAAUGAAAUACAACCAAACUCUUAAUGGCAUACCAAGCCACGAGCUCCCUUCUAACCCUGAAAAUCUAAUUUUAUAUGUGGAGUCUGAAUCCUCAGCAUAAUUAUUUAUAAAUUCAAUGGUUUUGAAAGAGAAAGGUUUUUUAGCUUGUGUUUCAGCCUCCAUCUUUAAUUUUAUGUAUGUGUACAUCCCAAACUUUACUUCACUCUUUGCCCACCAACAAAUCCUCUUGGUUGAAAACAAGAUUUAAUGGUUUUCAGUAGUCUUGCUGACAGACAUUGAUAUCCCAUGGUUAUAAAUGGACAGACUCUGUUUUCUCAAUGAUAUAUAACACUGAUUGAUAUUAAAUGACUGAUGCAAAUCAUUGCACAUGUCACAUUAGGUUGACAAGAUUAGAGGUCAAUAUUCAUGACAUUAAAAAACUUAGACAUUAAUAAUAGUAUUGAAUUGCUUGUGAUUUCUUCACUAUAUGGUAAAUCAUGGAAAAUCUCGGUUUUAUGAAACUGCAUUCACUAUACUAAGCUACACAUUCAAAAAAAGAUUAAGUAGACUAAAACUAUCAAUCAAAUUAGAUUGUCAAUGAAUGACCCCAUCCUCAACAGGACAUUGUAUAUCUGGUGAGAAUUGCUGUGUAACAGUUCAAUCUACUUUGCAAGUGAGGGGUAAAUUUUAUCCAUUUUAAUCCAUUUAGAUGAUGUGCAGAUGCUGAGAUAUUAAGGGUAUGACUGUACUGAAUGAAUGUAGGUCUUCAUUAAAUUCUUUGGUACAACUAAUGGGAUUUGUUGCCUUGUAUAAAAAGAGACAAAAUGUAAAAUUUUCUAUGUUUUUUCACAAUCUUUGACAAAUAAAAUUGCAUUCUAUAAACUUC